CUCGGGAGGGUGUGGAAUGGACGCCGAGGCCUCGGCGCCUCUCAGGCGACGCGAGAUGGCGGCGGCCGCUUCAGGGGCUAGUCGCUGUCAUCUAAGCAAGAUGGGGAGUGGCCGACGUCCACCUCCAGCUCGAGUAAGGGUGGCUGUGAGACUUCGGCCAUUUGUGGAAGGAGCAGCUGGAGCAAGUGAACCCCCCUGCGUACGAGGCUUAGACAGCUGCUCUCUUGAGGUUGCCAACUGGAGGAAUUACCAAGAGACUCUGAAAUACCAGUUUGAUGCCUUCUAUGGAGAGAGGAGCUCUCAGCAGGAUAUCUAUGCAGGUUCAGUGCAGCCCAUCCUAAGGCACUUGCUGGAAGGGCAGAAUGCCAGUGUGCUGGCCUAUGGACCUACUGGGGCAGGAAAGACACAUACAAUGCUGGGCAGCCCAGAACAACCAGGAGUAAUUCCCCGGGCUCUCAUGGACCUCCUACAGCUCACAAGGGAGGAAGGCGCUGAGGGCCGGCCAUGGGACCUCUCUGUCACUAUGUCCUACUUAGAGAUCUACCAGGAAAAGGUAUUAGACCUCUUGGACCCUGCAUCAGGAGACCUAGUGAUCCGAGAAGACUAUCGGGGAAACAUCCUGAUUCCAGGCCUUAAGCAGAAGCCCAUCACUAGCUUUGUUGAUUUUGAGCGACACUUCCUGCCAGCCAGUGGAAAUCGGACUGUAGGAGCUACCCGUCUCAAUCAGCGCUCCUCCCGCAGUCAUGCAGUGCUCUUAGUCAAGGUGGAUCAGCGGGAGCGUCUGGCCCCAUUUCGCCAGCGGGAAGGAAAACUUUACCUGAUUGACUUGGCUGGCUCAGAGGACAACCGGCGCACUGGCAACCAGGGCCUUCGGCUCAAAGAGAGUGGAGCCAUCAAUACCUCUCUCUUUGUACUGGGCAAGGUGGUGGAUGCACUGAACAAGGGCCUCCCUCGUGUGCCUUACAGGGACAGCAAGCUCACUCGACUAUUGCAGGACUCUCUGGGUGGCUCAGCCCACAGCAUCCUCAUUGCCAACAUUGCCCCUGAAAGACGCUUCUAUCUAGACACAGUCUCUGCACUCAACUUCGCUGCUAGGUCCAAGGAGGUGAUCAACAGGCCUUUCACCAAUGAAAGCCUUCAGCCUCAUGCCUUGGCACCUGUUAAGCUGUCCCAGAAAGAGUUGCUAGGCCCAUCAGAGGCAAAGAAAGCCCGAAGUUCUGAGGAAGAAGAGAUUGAGAGUCCUGAACCCACAGCAGCUCCUGCCCCUGCCUCCCAGAAGCUCAGUCCCCUGCAGAAGCUAAGCAACAUGGACCCAGCCAUGCUAGAGCGCCUCCUCAACCUGGACCAAUUGCUGGGCUCCCAAGGGUGCCAAGGGACUUCUCUCCUGAGUACCCCCAGGCGAGAGCGGAUGGAGCUCAUUAAGACAGUGGAGCAGAAAGACUUGGAGAUUGAAAGGCUUAAGAUGAAGCAAAAAGAACUGGAAGCCAAGAUGAUGUCUCAGGAAGCUUUACACACAAAGGGGAAGGAAAACUGCACCCUUACAAUGCUCCGACCCCUUCCCGGUCGCACAGUCACAGUGGCAAAGCCUCUGAAAAAGGCUGUGGUAAUGCCCCUACAGCUACUUCAGGAACAGGCAGCAUCCCCAAAUGCCACGAUCCACAUCCUGAAGAAGAAAGGCCGGAAAAGAAAGCUAGAGGCACAGGCCUCCCAGCCCGACCAGGGCGAGGACUGCUGGGACCUCGAGCUCAGCCCGGAGCUUCUGGCCCAGGGGCGCCAAAAAAUACUGGAUCUGCUGAACAAAGGCUCGGCCCGCGACCUGCGCGGCCUGCAGCGCAUCGGCCAGAAGAAGGCGCAACUCAUCGUGGGCUGGAGGGAGCUGCACGGGCCCUUCAGCCAGGUGGAGGACCUGGAGCGCGUGGAAGGCAUGUCUGCCAAGCAGGUGGAGACCUUCCUCAAGGCCAACCUCCUGAGCCUGCUGGCCGGCCCGCGCUGCGCGCCCCGCUGACGCCGCCCGCCCGCCCCGCCACCGCGCUUUGUGUAAAUACAGUCUCUACCCCGA